AGUGCCUCCCCCUAAGCUCCUUGCACUGUUAAAAAAACCCAGACGAUAUCACAAAGUUUAUGCUGAACGCUCCGUAGCUGAAAGUACAGUGCUACAACACUGAAAAGAGAAUUGCAGUUUCAUUUAAUUUGUCAUUGAAGCGUUCAUGUAAAUACUAAAGAGUCAGGACACCAUCACAAUGAGAAAACCCUGCUUAUGAUAUUGGAUUGCUAGCUCCCUAUAUCCGGUUGACCUACACAGUUCAUUUCCGCAACGAGCACACGUGUAAUAUGUGCUGGUGUCAUUAGUGCACAACAGAGACUUAGUCACUAGUUUUCACAAAACUAGAGUUAAAGAAGGUGCUGAAAAUUGCUAUUUCUUGGAGGAUCUGGGCAUCAUGGAAGUGCUGAACGUGGAUCCGGUCAAGUCAGCAAAUGACAAGAAGAACUACAGAAUAAUCCGUCUCAAGAAUGGCUUAAGAGUGUUGUUGGUGUCCCACCCUACACCAGAGGGGUUUUCGAUGGACAUGGGAGAGUCUAGCAGUGAGAGCGAGAGUGAAGGGGACAGUAGUGACGGCAGUGACGGCAGUGGUGAGGAGGAGGAGAUGGAGAUUGACAUGCCGGACACGAAGAGGAAAGAGGGAAAUGAGAAAAAGUCAGCAGCGGCGCUGUGUGUUGGUGCAGGCAGCUUCUGUGAUCCUGAUGACAUUCCAGGCUUUGCUCACUUCCUGGAACACAUGGUGUUUAUGGGCAGCAGUGUCUACCCAGAAGAGAAUGAUUUUGACGAUUACCUCGGCAAACAUGGUGGAGACUCGAACGCUUGUACCGACUGUGAAAUGACAACAUUCUAUUUUGAAAUUCAGCGUAAAUAUUUCCGGAAGUGCCUGGACAAACUUGCCCAUUUCUUCAUCUCGCCACUGCUGAAGAAGGAUUGUGUGGACAGAGAGAUAGAGGCAGUUGAUAGUGAGUUUCAGAUGACAACAUCCAGUGAUAAUGACCGAGUGAAUGAAAUGAUAUCCAAGACUGCCAAGAAAGGCCAUCCGAUGUCAAGGUUCAUGGGAGGUAAUGCCAAGUCUUUGAAGACUGACCCUGAAAAGAAUGGCCUGAACAUCUACGGUCGACUGAGAGACUUCUAUGAGAGCAUGUACUGUGCCAACUACAUGACCCUUGUGCUUCAGUCAAUGGACAGCCUUGACACAUUACAAGAAUGGGCGGUAGACAUUUUCUCAGACAUUCCUUCCAACAACAUACCCCGACCAUCAUUCAGCCAUUUGAAGGAUCCCUUUGAUACUGCUGAUUUCAAGAGGUUUUACAGAGUUGUACCUAUGGAGAACAAUCACAAACUGGAGAUUUCUUGGUCUUUGCCAUCUUUAGUAGACAAAUACAGGGAGAAGCCACAAGAAUAUUUGUCAAUGUUGAUUUUACACGAAGGAAAGGGAAGCAUACUGUCAUAUCUCAAGAACAAGUUGUACGCCCUGGCCAUGACGGGGGGCAGUGACAGUGAUGGGUUCGGCCACAACUCUACCUGGUCUCUCUUCUAUGUCAGCAUCACACUCACUGCCAAGGGCCUGCAGAAUAUACUACAGGUGUGCAAUGCUGUCUUUGAGUACAUCCUCAUGCUGCAGAACCAAGGCCCCCAGCACAGAUUGUUCCUGGAGCUGCAGCAGAUUGAGGACUGCAAGUUUAGAUGGAAGGAAGAGGGGGAACCCAUGGAAGAUGUUCAGGAGGUAGCUGAGAACAUGCAGACAUACACCCCACAACACUACCUCACUGGCAGGGACCUGCUGUUUGAGUACAACCCACAGUUGAUUAGUGACUGCACAAAAUAUCUUGGACCAGACAAGGCAAACUUUGUUCUGUUGUCUACAGAAAAGUCUGUCAUAGGAGAAACAGACCAAGAGGAGGCUUGGUACAACACCAAGUACAAUGUAGCAGAUGUUGAUGCUGAAUGGAGAAAGACUUGGGAAAAUCUGAAAGAAAACCCAGAUUUGUUUUUCCCUGAACCAAAUAUUUACAUAGCCACUGACUUCACCCUGCAUCCAUCAAGUGAAGAUACUCCCAAGCUACCUUACCCUGUAGUGGACAAUGAGUUUUGCAAGAUGUGGUUCAAGAAAGACAGCAAGUUCAAUGUUCCUAAAGGCUACACUUAUCUCCACCUGAUGAGUCCAGCGGUGUCCGAGUCCCCAGAGAAUGCCACCUUGAAUGACCUGUUCAUCAACAUCCUCCUGAACAUCCUCACAGAGGCAGCCUACCCCGCCGUCCUGGCUGGAUACGAAUACUGGGUGGAGGGCUUUCCUACUGGCAUCGUCAUCAGCAUGGAAGGAUUUAGUCACAAGAUGCCUCUGUUGUUCCGAUGCAUGGUCGACCAUAUAGCGGACUUCAUGUGUAGCCCAGAACUGUUUGCGGCCAUCAAGACGCAGUUACAAAAGGCAUUCUACAAUGAGAUGAUCAAGCCUUUUGAAUUGGCAAGAAUGUUGCGGUUUGCGAUGUUAGAUCCCAGUACCCAGGCGCUACCCGACCGGUACCGUCUGAUUUCAGGCCUGACUCUCACCCAGCUCACAGACUUCCUCAGCAAAUUCAAGAGUCAACUUUUCAUUGAAGGAUUUGUCAUAGGGAAUUUCCAACCUGAGGAGGUGACCGAGAUGGCCGACUACAUUCAGAAGAGACUCUGCUCGCAACCACUUCCACCAGAACGUAUCCCGAAGAAACUGCUGCUACAAUUACCUACAAGCCAGCUGACCUGUCGUGUGGAGAGCGUCAACAGGGACGACUGCAACUCCUGCAUCACUGACUACUACCAGGCUGGGCCAGGCAACAUCAGGAUGUCCUGUGUCAAUGAACUGCUACUGACACGGAUGAAAGAACCCUGUUUUGACUUCCUACGAACCAAGCACCAACUGGGCUACAGUGUCUUCUGCUACUCGAUGAUGACCAAUGGCAUUCUGGGAUUGUCUGUUACCGUGGAGAGCCAGACCAGCAAACACAGCAUGAAUGAUGUGCAGAAGUUGAUGGCAGACUUUCUGGGGGAGUUCCGAGGAAUUCUUCAUGCAAUGACUGAGGAGGAAUUUGACAGCUUGGUUGAUUCCCUCAUCACCAACAAGCAGCUGGAGGACACUCAUCUCGGGGAGGAGGCAUCUCGACUGUGGAGGGAGAUCCAUGACAACUCAUAUGUGUUUGAUUUGCUGGAGAAGGAGAUUGCGAUACUGCAGACUCUGACUAUGGAUGAACUGAAGGAGUGGUAUAAUCAGUACAUUGACAAGAGACAGAGGAAACUCAGCUUGCAGGUUGAAGGGAAGACGAGCGCAGACAGCAGUGAUGUCAACACAGAAAACAAGGGAGGAGAGGGUGAACCGGAUGUGCCUGAGAAAGAAGCCCAAGCUCUGGUGUUCCUGCAGCCAGAGGUGAACGGGACCACCUUCAUCACAGACAUACCUCACGUGAAGCAGGGACUGGCUCAGUUCCCCUACACAACAAUCUCUUUGUGACAGAACGUGUCAUGUAGGCCGUUUUAAAGCAUCUGUGAUCCUAUUUUACCUUUUAACUGUCAAGAAUUAUAGAGAUCUCUACAUUAGGAAGAGGGAAUAUUUUUCACUUGACAUGAAACUGAACAACUGCAUGGUCACAUGAUCGUUAUAUUUCAAGAUGGAAGUAAAGAAUAUUUGCAGUUUCAUCAUGCUUCAGUAUCACCCACUUGUUGAGAUUUACACUUGUUGGAGAGGCUCUGGGGUAGCCCAGUGGUUAAGGUUUUGGCUUUGCAUGUCCCAGGGUUCAAUUCCCCACUAUGUUCAUUGCCAUUCUUGGUUUCCCAAGUAGUGAUAUGGGUAUAAUAGUGCUAAAAGUGGUCCAAAUCUCCCACACCGUGCUCACUACAUGGGUUGGACCUGGUGCUGGGUUCUUACAACAUUCCCCCUUAUGAUGGUGGUGAAGCAGUGAUACGGUGUCACUGUGAGGUGAUGUAGUUCUAACCCCCCUCAGACCCCCAACCCCCACCCGUCACUGUUAUCCAGUGUAUUUUAUUUAUCUUCAUUCUAUUAUGAUAAAUGCCAAUCUCAUUUAAAUCAGAUCUUAGAUCAAAGAUCUGAGGACAUCCCA